AUGGGUUGCAAUCGGUCCAGAAUUUAUCAUGAUAAUGAAGUGGGUGUCGAUCACAAAGAUCUUGCGUUGACAACAUUUGAAAUGCAGAAAGCUGACAUUAUUCAUGAUUUGGAUACGGAUAACGACCAGAAAGGAAGAGUAGCGGUGGAUUGCAUUUUCAGGCCAACCAGAGAAAUUUAUGGACAGCGAGCCUUAGAUAUGGCUGAACAACUUAUUGUGUGGUCAAAAUACGGAUUUAAAGGAGAAAUUAAUCUAACAAGUUUAGGAAUAAAGUUUCGAGAGCGACCAUUCCCACAUGACUUUCCGGCAUUCGCACAUGAGAAACCAGCAGUUGAAUUAGCUAACCUGAGUCGGCUUCGUUUCUCAGUCGAACAAUUACAGAAACCUACAAAAAAUCAUGACAUCGAAAAAAUGCGAGGGAUGGGCAAAAAUGAAAGUAUUGAAGACGUUGCAAUGAAGAAAUAA